CCUGUGACACGAAAUCAACUUACGCGAAGAAGAUGCGGACGCGUUAUGAUACUUCAUCAAAUAUGUCAGCCUCCUGGUGACAGCAGCUGAAUUUGAUCAUUGAUCGAGGGAAUUAAAAUGGUUCAUUCAGAAGAGUGUGACAUUAUAUUUCGAUUGAAAGGAAUCUUGGAGUUUGCUUGCCAGCUUGACAACCCAAAUGGUGCACAAAGUCAAGGCACGAUAUCAAAAAGUUUCCAGGGUCUCCAAUCCAAAGUAUCAUCCAAAAAUAUUGUUUUAACUGUCUGUAACAGUCCAGUAUUAAUAUGGCCUAACACUGGUUUCCAGUCAAACGUGGAAAGCUUGACAGAAGCAUCAUCAUGUGGAGAUAUUCUGCAGUAUAUAGAGUUAGAUUAUAGUGGGAGCAAGAAGUCAUCAAAAAAGAAAGAUAAGAAAAAAUCUGGACCUACCGUAGUGAAUAUGAAGCUGUUGUUUGAGGUCACAGAACCUGCUGGGAAUGAAGCUCCUAGUCUCAUCAGAGUGAGCACACAGCAGCAUUGUGUGAAGAUGCCACUGCCUUUAGACUGUGUUCUGUCUGUGACCACUGAUGAGAGCCUGACAACUGUGUGUACAGGGCUGGUGGAGGCAUUAAAUAAGCAGUUGGCAGACAUGGAAGAGGUGGUGCUACGAUACAGGAAGGGCUCCUCUUUCCUGGUGCCACAGCCAUUUCACUUUCAACUGCCUGAACCAGCUGGGUUCACUACUGUAAUCUACCCUGCAGGAGUGCCAGACAGCCAGCUACAGGAUGCCAGAGAGGAUCUGCACAAGAGGUUUAAGUUGCCAAGUGACAGGCCAUACCUGAGACGUGCCAAUGCCUUUCAUUUCCCUGAUGCAGCCUAUAAAGACGGUUACCUCCGCAAUCCCCACAUACACCUGAACCCACCCAACAUUGAGGAUGCUAAGCUGUAUCUGGUGCAGGGUGUGUACAGUUAUCAUCACUACAUGCAGGAUCGUGUGGAUGAUGAUGGCUGGGGAUGUGCAUAUCGUUCCCUUCAGACUAUCUGCUCCUGGUUUCAGCAGCAAGGAUAUGUGGAGACAGCUGUGCCCACACACACGCAGAUCCAGCAGGCUCUUGUGGAUGUUGGGGAUAAAGAGCCACGAUUUGUGGGUUCACGUCAGUGGAUUGGCUCCAUCGAAGUUCAGGCUGUCCUUAACCAGCUGCUGGGGGUCACCUCAAAGAUCAUGUUUGUCAGUCAGGGAUCAGAGCUGACAACCAAGGGCAGAGAGCUGGCCAACCACUUUCAGACCGAAGGAACUCCUGUCAUGAUUGGUGGCGGAGUACUUGCACACACCAUUUUAGGCGUAGCAUGGAGUGAGAACACUGGACAAAUACGCUUUCUUAUCUUGGACCCUCACUAUACUGGUGGAGAGGACCUGCAGACCAUCACUGACAAAGGCUGGUGUGGAUGGAAGGGGCCAGAGUUCUGGGAUCAAAAUGCUUAUUACAACCUCUGCCUUCCCCAGAGACCCAAGACCAUCUGAGUCACGUGCAUGACACUUA